CUCUGUGUAAUGCGUUCAAUGGCAAUUCCAGUCCUGAAACGCCUUCUCUUCUCAACCCCAAAACACAAACACCUCUCUAUUCUCUCCUUCACCUCUUCCUCCAGCCCACCGUCCGAUCAAUCCGAAACACUAAUCUCAACCGUUGUUUCGAUCCUCACCCAGCUCCGCUCCAAGUCCCGGUGGAACCACCUCCAUUCUCUCUACCCCGAUGGCUUCCACCCCAACGAAUUUUCUCAGAUUGCCCUCAGCCUUAAAAACAAUCCCCACCUUGCCCUCCGAUUCUUCCUCUGGACCCAGCGCAAAUCCCUCUGCACCCACAACCUCCUCACCCACUGCACCAUGGUCCACAUCCUGGCCCGGGCCCGCCUCAAGCCCCAAGCCCAAGCCCUCAUUCAGACCGCCAUUCGCGUCUCCGAGGAAGAUAGCCUCGUGUCGAAGCCGUUGAAGGUGUUCGAGAGCCUUGUCAAGACGUAUAGGCCAUGUGGGUCUGCUCCGUUUGUGUUUGAUUUGUUGAUUGAAGCUUGUUUGGAGACCAAGAAGAUCGAUUCGGCCAUUGAAAUUGUGAGGAUGUUGAGGUCUCGUGGGAUUAGCCCCAAAGUUGGCACCUUGAAUUCUUUGGUUUCGUUGGUUUUGAAGUGUCGAGGAGGGCGUGGCGGGUACGAGGUUUAUAGGGAGGUUUUUGGAUUGGAGGCAGAGGGCGAAGAAGAAGUUGAGGGCAAUGAGAAAAGGGGUUAUAGAGUUAGGCCUAAUGUGCAUAGUUUUAAUGCAUUAAUGCUGGGAUUUUAUCAGGAUGGUUUGGUUGAGGUUGAGAAGGUGGAGAUGGUUUGGAAUGAAAUGGUGGGGUUUGAUUGCGUUCCAAAUGGUUAUAGUUAUAGCCUUUUGAUGGCUGCGUAUUGCGAGGAAGGGAGGAUGGAAGAGGCUGAGGGAUUGUGGGAGGAAAUGAGAGUUAAGGGAGUGGAGGCUGAUGUUGUGGGCUACAACACUAUGAUUGGUGGGUUUUGCAAGAUUGGAGAGAUGGAGAAAGCUGAGGACUUUUCUAGAGAAAUGGGGUUGAAUGGGGUGGAAAGUAGUUGUUCCACUUAUGAGUAUCUUGUCGACGGAUAUUGCAGUGUUGGGGAUGUUUAUUCAGCGUUGCCUGUGUAUAAGGAUAUGUGUAGAAAGGGUUUUAGGCCGGGGGCUUCGACGCUUGAUGUGGUGAUUGGAGGACUUUGUGGUAAGGGUAAGGUUUAUGAGGCUUUGGAGAUUCUGAGGGGUGGAGUAGAGAAUUUUGGUGUGGUGCCAAAGGGGAAGAGUUAUGAGGCUUUGAUAAAGGGGUUAUGUGAGGAAGGGAGGAUGGAAGAAGCAUUAAAGCUACAGGCGGAGAUGGUGGGGAAAGGGUUUGAUCCAAAUUUGGAGCUAUAUGGUGCUUUUCUUGACGGCUAUUUUAAACAAGGGAAUGAGGAAGUGGCACAAGUGUUGAGGAAGGAAAUUUCGGAAACUCAAAUGCAGGGGAAAGAGAAAUAGAUGGCGUUUGUUUGUUGAAUUGUGGCCAAAUCCCAAAGUGAAGAUACAUGGCUGUUUCCCCUAAUUAGUAAUUAGGGUGAGAAAGUUUCUGCAGAUUUUGAUAGAUUUAUUGGCUUCUAAACAAGGCCUCCUUUUAGGACAAAAAUUAAUAUGAAAAUGUCAUCUUUGCUGGUGAUUCUGAUGCAGUUAAAGUCAAACAUGGUGCCUGCGUGGUU